GCACGAACGCUAUGGCGUCAACCAAAGACUACAUAGUAACUUGAGAACUUGAAUAUUAAAUGGCGGUACAGAGUUAACCGAGAAUCCGAGAUGCAACCAAAAAUACAUUUUUCUCAUGCCCAAAACUGCGACACGAAGUAGUAGGUAUCAUCAUGAAAACGAAAACAUGGAUGUAGCGGGAGUAGAUGAGGAACGGGAAGUUGAUGAACUAUUAGAGGAUAAGACAGACACAGUCACGGAUAACCCGGAGCUGAUGGCAAAACUUCGCGAGGCAUGGCAAAUGAUAUGGCCGGCGCAUGUCAUCGCGGAAUGGGUCGAAAGACAGCCUGCGUGUGCAGCGUGCGUGUCACAAUCACGCAAGUGCUACCCUUCACCGCAACAGGGUUCAUUGCGUUGUAUGCCAUGUGCACGUUCAAGGGCCAAACCGUGUCCACUAAAACGCCAAUUCCAAAUUGAAAAGUCGGCUGAAGUGCUUCAGCUGACGGUUGAACAGGUCAAAGGGCUCGUGCAGCAGGCGGACGCUUCUUCUUCGAAACUGCCGGUUUGUGGCAAACUGUGGAGGAGUACCAGCGAAAAAAACCUUCGUCGUAUUUCACUCAAGUCCGCACCUGGAGGUGCGCGAGCCAAGAAUGUUCAAGAACCGGCUCCCUCGCACAUUAUUUCUGCCUCUGCCCCUAAUCUCGAACCUCUUUCUCCGGCCUAUUCUUCCACCGUUCAAAAUACACCGCAACUACCCCAGACCGCUUCUACUGGCUUAAGAGUCAAACUUCGAUCUUCUACCGGCCGGGGUGUACAUGAAAAAAGAACCCACCUGGUGGAGCCCGAUCCAACACCUGGAACUCCCGUUCAUCAUUCCCAAGCCUCCCAUGUCACCUUUCAGGAUGUGUCACCUGACGGACGGGCGCUCAGCAUUCUUAGUUCACCACCCUCUUCUGUAGCAGAGCGCCUGUCAUCACCUGAUAUGGAUCACCCAUCCGUCAGAGAGGUUCAGCUCCAACCACCGGUGUUUUCAAAUGGUAAUUCAGCACCCACACUUGUUACACUUGCUGGAAUCGAUGUUGGAAUCGAUGAGGAAUUCGACGAGAUUCCGGUUGUUUUCGCAAGCGAAUUGGAUCGCGCUGAAGAGGAGAUCGCACGACUAAAGUCUGCCUUGGAAGCACAGGAGAAGGAGGUUUCAAGGCUCCAACGUAACCUCAAACGACGAGACGAGCAACUCGAGGACAUCCGCGAGGAACUUGACGAAGUCAUUCAUCUCCCUACUCCUCGCGCAACGCCAGCCUCAGAACAUGAAAAUAGCAUGCGAAAGUACACUGCCUGUCAGUAUAUCGCACGAACUCUGAGAGCCCUGCGCGCAGAUGCUGAGACGGAGGAGGAACGAGAGGCUUUGUUGUUAAAGGCAGAGCGCCAUCUUGGCAGACUUGCUAAUGUGGAGAUGGAUGGCAUAUGGGAUACUAAGGCCGAUGCAGACGCCCUCUUCGUUGGUCUUGUUAAUGGGUCUUCUGCAAGAGCUGCGAGACACGCGCAAAGAGGAGCGGUCAAUCCUAGUUCGGCCAAGACUUCUGUGUCUGCAUCCGCGAUUGCUCAGCAACGCUCGUCUAAACGGAGACGACAGGGGGACUCAGAUUGACAGUCAUGAUAUUGUUAAUAUCAUUGCAAGGUAUCCAAACCCAUGUUUUGACGCGUGUGCGAUGUUGUACACUUGCGCACGCAUGAUGUACGCAUGUAAUGACAGAUAUUUAGCUUGUUGUGCAAGUCGUUUACUACGGUGGAUGUAUUGUUAUGCUACUGAUUUACGCGGCUCUAUACGGUAACACAGUUGUAACUUGGAACUUUGACGUCGACGUAGAUUAUGAUUUGGAUGUCAUCAUGAUUCUUCGGGUCAUAGACUCAUACUAAUCUUCAAG